ACUUUUUUCUAGCCAAUGAGAAAAGAGGAUUUCAUUCUUUUAUGUCACACUGUGUGUGUUCCAAGCAGGAGCUGGUUCAAUCCACAGGGAGAGAAGGUUACUCGGAAGUCCCUGUCUGACCCAGCCAUGAAGCUUUUCUACCUCUUCGUGGUGUCACUUUGCUUUGCUCUGCUCCUUGUGAGUCCAGGAAGUGGCCAGCGUGAGCCGCGGUUCGUCAGCCACUGCCUCCGCAGAGGUGGCAUCUGCCGAUACGAUGACUGCAGCGAGGGUGAAGAACAGAUUGGAACCUGUUACCAUCACACCAUGAUCUGCUGCCGGGAUGAAGUCAUGUAGUGAGGAGAGGCGGACCGACAAGCUGGCGAGAUACUCACGUGAAGGAUUAUUCCUCGGAUCUUUUAUCCCCAGUCAUGAAUGACCCUAUCUAAAAGUUACAAAUCCUUCCUAAUAAAACUGCAU